CCAAUAAUAAAAAAAACAAAGAGUUCGUCAUAGCCACAAACGCGAACAUGUAUCAGGAAUAUCUAAACCAAUUGCAAAUAUCCAUAAGUCCAUUGUCUACGGAGGAUCUUAGGGAUUUGCUUAACGAUGAUGAAAAACUUGACGAAAAAAUUGACACAGUUUUGGAAAUAUUAAAAGCACAAAAGGACAGUCUCUUUAUUGAAAACCGAUCGAAAGCCGAAAGCAAUAUUGAGAAGGAACCCAAAAUCAUCGAAUUGAAGGGUAAAAUAGCCGAGCUUAAUGAGGAAGGCAAGCGUUGUUGUGAAGCUGUUCAGGAGAAAUUGGCUCAGAUCAAGGAAAAGUCAGGUGGAGUUAGUCAAGAAACUGCGUUGGCGCUUUUGCAAACAGCAGCCGCUGAAAGCGAAGAGAAAAGUGAGGAAAUUGUAAAAAAAUUUACAGAUAAUGAAAUUACUGUGGAAGCUUUUCUGGAUGAAUUUCUAAGUGCACGCACUUCCAUGCACUUGCGUAAAUUAAAAGCAGAAAAAAUGCAAGACUUGAUGAAACGACAGGCACAAGGUGGUGGUCCUCCUUUCCCCCGCAACAUGGGUGGUGGUCCAGCCUACAGUAACAUCCCAUCUAGCGGAUUUUAUCCAGCCCCACGCCUACCAUACGGCGGCGGUGUCCCAUACCCAGUGGGAGGUGCUAUGAUGCCGAUGCCACCUCCCCGACCAUAUUGAUAGCCAUAGCUUUUUGUUGACCGACAAUAUAAUAUGAUCACCUCCAAGUAGCGUACAAAUCGCAUUGUUUUGUUUUGCAAUUUCUCUUCUAAUCAAACAAUAAACUUAGACAUUUCUUUUUUCUUUGGAAUAAUAAAAAUCUCACAGACGAUAAAAA